GAGAUGAACUUGGGAAAGGAGGAGCUCCCAGUCCAAGACACUCUCAUUUUGUUCUUUUCCCCAAACCAGGAUUUUUCAUUCCUAGGGCGUGUGUGAAUGGAGCAGGAGGAAAAGCCCUGGAGAUUCCGCACGAGGAGGGGCAGCAAACCCAGCCCAGGGAGCUGUGGGGAGGAAAGAGCCCCCCUGAGCCAGGAAGGCGGCCAGAGAUCCAGCCAGAGCUCCGAGCUGGUGGAGAAGCCCCAUGGCAGAGAGAAGCCCCACAAGUGCUUGGAAUGUGGGAAGGGUUUUAGUCGGAGCUUAGACCUGAUCCAGCACCAGGUGAUCCACACUGGGGAGAGGCCCUACGAGUGUGAGGAAUGUGGGAAGAGCUUCAGCUGGAGCUCCAGCCUGAGGCAGCACCAGGUGAUUCACUCUGGGGAGAGGCGCUUUGAGUGUGAGGAGUGUGGGAAGAGCUUCAGCCACAACUCGGUCCUGAUCCAACACCAGAGGAUCCACACUGGGGAAAAGCCCUUUGAGUGCGGGGAAUGUGGGAAGAGCUUCAGGCAGAGGGGGAGCCUGAUGCAACACCACAGGAUCCACACAGGAGGGAAGCCCUAUGAGUGUGUGGAAUGUGGGAAGAGCUUCAGCCAGAGCUCUGGCCUGAGGAGACAUGAGAGGAUCCACACUGGGGAAAAGCCCUAUGAGUGUAGGGAGUGUGGGAAGAGCUUCAGCAUGAAGUGCAAGCUGACAGAACACCAGAAGAUCCACUCUGGGGAAAAGCCCUACAAGUGUGGGGAAUGUGGGAGGAGCUUCAGAGAAAGCUGGGCCCUGAUUCGGCACCAGGUGAUCCACACGGGGGAACGGCCCUACACCUGCUUGGAAUGUGGGAAGAGCUAUGGGUGGCACACUGACCUGAGAAAACACCAGCGCAUCCACAGUGGGGAGAAGCCCUACAAGUGUCCCCAGUGUGGGAAGAGUUUUCACAGGAGCUCCGAUCUCCUCAAACAUGAGCGGAGUCACAGGGAGGAGAGGCCCUUCCGCUGCCCCGACUGUGGGAAGGGAUUCAAGCUAAACUCCGCCCUCACCCUGCACUGGCACAUCCACACGGGGGAGAGGCCCUACGAGGAGAAGGCCCACAAGUGCUUGGAAUGCGGGAAGGGUUUCAGCUCCAGCUCCACCCUGAUGGAACACCUGAACAUCCACACUGGGGAGAGGCCCUGGGAGUGUGGGGAAUGUGGGAAGAGCUUCAGUGGGACCUCCGACCUCAGCAAGCAUCACAAGAUCCACACUGGGGAAUGGCCCUAG